AUGCUGGCGAGCAGCGUUAUAGUCACCAACAUGUCUCUGUGGAUUAUUUUCCUCUUCAUCUCCGAUGUGUGCGCCCGGAAGCAGCGAGCUGAUGGGGAUGAGGAUGAGUUGUGGUCGCAGAGUGUUUCCAAAGCGACGUGUUCGUCACGAUGCCUCAGUCUGCACAGCGGAGCGUCCUCUCCGGUGCAGAAAAAUGGAUCCUUGGGCUGGUGUCAUACUCAUAAACGGUGCACAAAGUGCCUGGAGCCCUGCAAAGAUUCCUGGGGGAUGAAGAGGAAAAGCAAUUGCAGAGAGAUGUGUGAGCGGGUGUUUCCAAAGAAGCCCUGGGAGUGUGUGACCAGCUGUGAGUUCCUUCAGUCAGUGUUGGCAGUGAAGCAAGGCCGUUGUCCACCUCCAGAAAGAGCCAGCGGCUUUGCAGCGGCCUGUGUGGAGAGUUGUGAUCAUGACCGUGAAUGCUCAGCUCAGAAGAAAUGCUGCUCCAACGGCUGUGGCCACACCUGCCAGUCUCCCAAAGACCUCUACAAGGGUGCUCCGUUGAAGCCAAGGAAGGAGCUGGGCUUAGAAGAACUCUCGUCUGGUCAGCUGGAGGUGCGUUGGUUCUCCCGGUUCAACAUCUCAGCAGAGCCUGUGGUCUACAUCCUGCAGAGGAGGUGGAACUUUGGCAUCCAGCCCAGCGAGGACACUGCGACCUCCUGGCAGGUGGUGGCACAGACCACAGAGCAGGGAGCAAGGCUCUCCGACAUCCGGCCGGGUCGCUGGUACCAGUUCAGUGUGGCAGCUGUCAACACCCACGGGACCAGAGGUUUCACCACGCCCAGCAGACACAUCCACUCCAGCAGAGACCCCUGCAAUCCUCCGGCUCCCACUGAGCUGAGAAUGGCCAAUAUGAGCUUUGGCCCUGGCAGGGCGGUGUCGGCCUGGCUCCAGUGGAGCAUGUCCGCUGACCUGGAUGUUCCCGUCCACCACUACAAGGUCAGCUGGAGCUGGACUGCAGUAGGAAAUCCUUCUGCUUCAUCCCUGACCAAGAGGAGGAAGUCAGUCAGAGAGACCCAGGUGGAGCUGGACAGCAUGCGGUCUAACAGCAGCUACAGUGUGGAGGUCCAGGCUGUGUCCUAUUGGGGACAAACUCCGCUCAAAGGGCCCCGUGCCGUCCUCCACUUCUCCACACAGCGCACCACCAUUACUGCUCCAAGAAACCCCACAGUUCCCAGUCUGGAUGUUGGGACACCAUUCUACCAGGAUGGACAGCUCCGGGUUCAUGUUUACUGGCAGAGCAGCACGGGUAUUGUUGUUUCUAUAAAUCCCUCAGCUGAAUCCUACAGAAUCCAGUGGGGACCAGAGUAUUGUGGACACAACCAGACCAGACCCAUGGAAAAGACCAGAACACAGGAGAGCUUUGUCAGCCUUCACGGCUUGCUCUUCUCCUGUAAGUAUAAAGUCCUUCUGCAGCCAGUCAGCAGGAAGAGUCAUCCUCUUACACAAAGCACCAGCUUCUUCACUCCUUCCUGUGCCACCAUCCAGGCCAAGAGUCCCAAACCCAUCACCUGCCCUGGAGAACCAGCAGUGCCCCCUCAGAAGGUCCUGGUGAAGGCAGCCAAUCUGACAGCGUCCUUUGAAGUCUGGAGCGGCAACGUGACAGCCAUCUUUAGCUGGGAUUUGUCCUCCGCCCCGCCCCAUCAGCAGCUGACAGGUUACCAGGUGACCUGUGCGGAGGUCAUCUCCAGCAACCGCCCCAACAAUAACAAACUGUCUCACAGCCUCAUCCAGUCCCAGACCUUACCUCCGGAUGGUAAUAUUGUGGUGGUGUCAGGCUUGCACCCUGCUAGUCUGUACAAGCUGGAGGUCAGGGCCAUUACAGCAGAGGGGGAAGGUCCUGCAGCCAGCCGGUCCUUCCUGACACCUGGAAGCACCCUGAAGCACAGCCACAGGCUGAGGAAGCAUCACCAUAAACAGCAAAUCAUUGAGAGGCACUGA